AAGCUCAGGUAACUAGGUUCCUCGAUAGCAACACACUGUAGGAGUCACGUGGUUCCAAUUAGCUGAAUCUGAGAUUGUAUCGGGCACGCAUCCGCUGUUCCUUUAUAAUAAUCCAGUAUGAGCAUUACUCUCCACUCUUUCAUUGAACUCCAUGGCCUUAUUCUAUCCCACUGAGGUGCGCUUUAUAAUUUAUGAGUAUGAUUUCACUAAGCCGGCCUUUCCAGUUAUAUGUGACUGCUCACCACAGAGCACUUGCUGAAGAACAACCCCUCCCAGAAACCCUUCGUCGCAUGUCCCUCUUAACGAGGGUACUCUGUUUUUUGGCAUUUGGACGCCCAGAUCCUGAUGAUCAUUGGAAGUCUCUGCAAUCAGAUAGAGCCUUCGAAACCGUUAGGAGCAGGUCAUGCUCUAUCCUGACCAACACUAUCACCACAGCAACUAUCCUCCUCGCUACAAGUGGUGUUUUCGUCAGUACGGGCUCUCCUGUGCCAUACUUUGACUAUUCAUCACCUGUUCCCUAUUGUCUACUCUUUAUGUCUCUCAUGCUCGCUAUGAUUGCGAUGUUGACAUCUGGAUCAAGUAUGAUACGCUGGCUACACACCGAUCGGCAGUGGACUCAAGAACAACUCACGCAAGGCGAUUACUUUGUUUGGUCCUACCUGUUGUCAAUAGUCACGCCUAUCUUCUUCGUUGUCUUAUCCCUGAAUUGUUUCAUGUUUGCAGGGUUUUCGUCUCAAAGCAUGGUCUUCCGCACCGUCACUGCGCUCUGGCUGGUCACAUACGUUGUCAACAUCGGGGCAAUAUUCAUAGAAUUUAUGUGGAAAUAUGCGAAGGGCCUUAAAUCACGCUAGAUGUUGACAGUAGUUUGCUUUAUUCAUUCUUAGUCCCGAAUCGUGAUGUUGUACACUGUAAUCGACCCUUCAUCUUUGUGCUUUCGUUGUUAAAUAAUGGAUCGCAGUUUUUCGUACCCUCUAGAAGAUCAG